GACGCCAUCUACUUCCGUCUAUCACGAGCGCGCCACAAAAGCGCGGGACAAACCAUCCACCUCCAAUUCCUCCAAAGAAGCCGCGAAGAACUUGUUAAUACUUGUUGCUUCGGGAGCCGUAUUUUAUAGAAGACUAUCCCAGCACGCGAUCCGCAUCUUUCUACCGCGGAACUACUCGAAGAUUACUCGGGCGAAUUGCACUCAGCACGAACGUGAAAGCAACAACACGAUGUUUGAGGCACGUCUGGUGCAAAGCGCGAUCCUGAAGAAGGUGUUGGACGCGGUGAAGGACCUCCUGACCGAGGCGACUUUCGAAUGCUCGGACUCGGGGAUUCAGGUCCAGGCGAUGGACAACGCUCACGUUUCCUUGGUCUCGUUGAACCUCAGAAGCGACGGUUUCGACAAGUACCGUUGCGAUCGAAAUCUGUCGAUGGGGAUGAGCAUCAGUUGCAUGUCGAAGAUUCUGCGAUGUGCUGGUGCAGAAGACACGGUGACACUCAGGGCGUGGGACAAUCCCGAGUCUAUCGUUUUUAUAUUUGAAUCACCGAACAAGGAAAAACUGGCUGAAUACGAGAUGAAACUGAUCAAUAUGGAUCAGGAGCAUCUGGGCAUACCUGAGACCUCGUAUUCGUGCGUCGUAAAAAUGCCGACUGCAGAAUUUACCCGUAUAUGUAGGGACUUGAGCCAAUUUGGAGAGUCUAUAACUUUUGCAUGUACCAAGGAAGGUAUAAAGUUCAGUUCUUCUGGUGAUUAUGGUUCAGCCAUCGUCAAAUUAGCGCAGACUGCGGACGCGGAUAAUGAAGAGGAAGCAGUAAUAGUCAAUAUGCAGGAACCAGUAAAGUUAACGUUCUCUUGCCGCUAUCUAAAUUGCUUUGUAAAGGCUGGUCCUCUUUGCAACCAAGUUACACUGUCCAUGUCCGACGAUGUGCCUUUAGUAUGUGAAUACAAGAUUGGCGAUAUUGGACACAUUAGGUAUUACCUGGCGCCCAAGAUCGACGACGAGGAAGAAAAUUAAAAAAUAAUGAUAAAAAUAGAACUCGUAUACGUUGAACUGUAAUUAACGGCACUAAUAUCACGUUACUAAUUAUUUCGGAAAGUCUUGUUCUAUUAACAUUCGACAGCGUCAUAUUUAUUAUUCAAUAGCGAAUGAAUCAAUUAGCUUGACAUAAUUCCAAGGAGAUGAUACCAUACUGUGUAUUUUACUAAUCGAGAAAAUUAAAUACUUCGUUAUUUGAUAUUGAGGUACAAGUAAGGCAAAGUUAAAAAUACUUUUAAGGUAAUAUAUUAUUUUAAUUUUACAUUUAAAAGUUAUUUGGCUCGUCACAGUGCUAGCGCAAUGCAGAAUUGACACUAAAAUUUAUAGUAGAGUGACACAAUGAUUAGUAUAGCAAAAUGGUGUCAUCCUCUUAAUCAAUAUUCACAUUAUUAAUGUUCCAGAGAC